AUGUCUUCACAUACUGGUGUUUCAUGUGAUGUAUGUAUGAAAAAAGGUUUUCCCGGUCGACGUUAUAAAUGUUUAUUAUGUGAUAAUUAUGAUCUUUGCGGUUCAUGUUAUGAUGCUGAAGCUGAAAGUCAAAGUCAUAAAAAUGCUCAUCCAAUGCAAUGCUUAUUAACUGAUACGGCUUUUGAAUUAUUCUAUGCAGGUGAAUCGAUACCUCGUCGAACUGUUGUGUCAUUAACGUGUCCACAUUGUGGUCUAUCCGGUUUCAUUCCACGUACAUUACUUUUACAUUGCGCAGAAAAACAUUUAUCAACAGAAACCAAAUCUACCCAGACUGUUAUGUGUCCAAUUUGUGUGACUUCUACCGUACAUAGCAGCCGAUCUCGUUUUCCUCUACUUACUGAUCAUUUGGCAACAGUACAUGAAAAUGGAACGGAAGGUGAUGAUGACGAUAUCAUAGAUUCAUUCACUAUUUCUAAAACACGAGCUACGGAGAAUGAAGAAGACGACUCAGACGAAGACGAAGAUGAUGAUGAUAACGAAUCAUCUUUCAAUGAUCUUAAAAAUCGAGUCUUUGCUGAAGAAGAACAACGCCUUCAAGAAGAUGCUCUACAAAGACUUGAAAAUGCAUCAUCAUUAGCAGCCGCCAUUAGAAAUGAAUAUGCUGCAAGUACAAAUCGAAAUACAAGUUCACAACGACGUCCCUUCCUUAGACAAACAGCACUUCGUGGUGGUAGAAGUACUUUACGAGGUCAUUUCAAUCAUUUUCCAUAUGGUGGUUUGUCUCGUACAGGAACUGGCUUCACUUCGGCUACAACAAAUCGUAGUUCUACGGAUACAUCCAUUGGAAAUUCAUCUCAAAAUGCAACUCCAACAGAUCCGUAUGCUGCUUUUGUCUUUGGUCAAGAUCCAAUGUUAGAAUUUGUCUCGAGGCUUGUCAAUAAUCAACCAACAUCAUCAACAACAACAAAUAACCAAUUUAUUUUUGGACCACCAGUGUCAAUACCAGUGCCAUCAUCAACGAAUACAAGCAAUGAAUUUGCACGUUUUCAACAACAUAUGGAAAAUAAUGAAUCAAUUAAUUCACUGAAAUCAAGUUUAUUGAAUAGCAGACACAAACGAUCUAUUCAAGCUCAACAGCAACAAUCACAACAAGCAUCAUCACCAUCAUCAUCAUCAACAACACCAAGCACCGGUUUACCAUAUCCAACAGGUUUUGAUUAUCAAUUAUGGCAACAAAAUUUUUCAGCUUUACAACCAACCAUUAAUACUCUUAAUUUUUCAACAGGAGCUGUAACAACAGGACCAAACAGUUCUUUAUCGAAAAACCUUCAACAAUUGAAUCGAGAACACAAUGCCCGAUCGUUACUCGGCAAAAUAUUAAGAAAUGAUAGAGAUGUAAAUACCGAUGACAACAAGAAUGAAACUCGUACGAACCAAUUACAAAAUCACAUGUCAUUUUUACAAUCAAUUUUAUUGUCAUCAAUCGCAACCAACACCAAUGAAGAAUCAAAUAAACAUAAAUUGAUUGUUAACAAAGAAAAUCUUUAG